CGAUUUUUAAUGCCAUAUUGUAUUGAUACUAUUAUUAAAAUUAUUCAAGUUCGAUUAACUGAAAAAGAUGAAUUGAAUUUUACUAUUGUAUGGGCUUUGGGUGUUUAUCCUGUUGAAAGUGAAGAUCGUGAGAUGGAAGUUACUCUUUUUGUUCCAGUAAACGAAGAUGAGAGAGAUCCUAAUACUCAAUCAGUUUUUGUGAAAAGCGAAUAUUAUAGUGUUUGUGGAAAGGUAGUAACUGGAACUUACAACGGAAAAUUUAGAUUAAAAAUGAUAGCUAUGUUGUCAACACACUUUACACUUAAAAGAGAUCUUGGUUCUAAUAGAUGUCUAUUAAAAGCUUUAUUAGUUAGUGUUGCUCAGGAUCUUCCAAAGGAAAUUGAUAGUGAAAAUGCAAUGUUUGAAUUAUCAGUAAACGAUUAUAACGAAUCGGUACUUUUUGUUGUUAGACAUUUGGAAGUUAUUCAGCAAGAUUUAUACAUAUAUACUGCUGAUACUUCUUUUGUCAAGGUUUGUUCUGCGGUUAAAAGAAAAUUUUCUAGUUCAAGUGAUUCUCAAACUACAUCUGGUGAGUAUAGGUCUGUUCGGUCAAGACUUUUAACUGCUCACCAGAAUGUUAUUAAAAAAUUGCCUCAAGUAUCUUCAGUUGAAGCAAAUAAAUGUUUAGUAGAUUCAGCUACUAAUGGUCCAUAUUCUACACAUAUUAGAGUUGAAGAUACUGAAGAUAAAGAUCUUUAUGUUGAACGUUAUGAGGAACAUGUAGAUAAUCAUAACGGACACGAAAGUAGUAUCAUGAAUAAAAGUAAGAAAAUUGUACAUGGUUGUGGGAAGAGAGAUAAGGGUAAAGAGAAAAUAACACAACCUGUAGUGCAUAAUACAAGAAGUCAGACGGAAAUGUUUAAAGAUACGAAUGAUGAAUAG